UCCCGUGUCUCAGACGGAGGCCUCCUUCUCUCUCUCUCCCUCUCUCUCUCUCUCUCUCGAGUCUCGCGUGCUCGUUCGCUCUCUCAGUCGCAGAAUUUCGAGAUGGCGAAUAGCAACCUGCCUCGAAGGAUCAUCAAGGAAACUCAGCGUCUGCUCAGCGAACCAGCACCUGGUAUUAGUGCAUCUCCUUCUGAAGACAACAUGAGAUAUUUUAAUGUGAUGAUCCUUGGUCCAACUCAGUCUCCUUAUGAAGGUGGUGUUUUCAAGUUGGAGCUGUUUCUACCGGAGGAAUAUCCCAUGGCUGCACCCAAGGUUCGCUUUCUUACGAAGAUAUACCACCCAAAUAUUGAUAAGCUUGGGCGGAUAUGUUUAGAUAUUCUGAAGGACAAAUGGAGUCCAGCUCUCCAGAUCCGAACUGUGCUGUUGAGCAUCCAGGCAUUGUUGAGUGCUCCCAAUCCUGAUGAUCCUUUGUCUGAUAACAUUGCUAAGCAUUGGAAAGCAAAUGAAGCUGAAGCUGUUGAAACAGCAAAGGAGUGGACCCGUUUGUAUGCCAGUGGGGCGUGAGAAUCAUGUGACAAAUGGUGGAAUUGAAUUAAUAAGUUCGCUUAAAGUUUCACAUGAUUGCUGUGUAUUUUCUUGCUGGAGGGAAGGGAGGGGAAAUGGAUGAAAAUUAUGGUUGUUGACUUUCAAAAGACUGAAACUCUUCAAUAGUUGUUUAUUGGGCUUUCAGUCUCCAAUUCCAUGUUACUUAGAAGGCAUGUUUACGGUAUCAUAGUUAAAAAGUGGGUCUGUUUAUUUCCUUCA